AUGAGUGAGGGUAUCGGGCAACUCGGCCCGCUUCGCGGCCCGGCGCCGGGCCACGACGUCGGCGUCCCAUGUGCCCAUGAAAAUGUCCUCGCACUCGUCCUCGUCUUCCGAGUCAAACUCGAUAGGACCGUUGUGUUUGGGGGCGUAGACGUCGCUGUCGCCGUCGCCGUCAUCCUCAGAAUUCCCUUCCUCUUCAACGUCAACCGUGGCCUCGCCGCUGUGGUACGUCGCCAGCCGCGCAAUCUCCAAAAUAAACUUGCCCACCUUGUACCGCUGCGCCGGGUCGCUCGCAUCCACGUACUUCCAGCCCAGCUUCGACCGGCACACAGCGCAGUAGAUGUCAGCCACGACGUGGGCGCCGGUGACGAGGCGGCGGUUCUCGGAGCGGCCGAUCAAGAUGUUAGGCAAAUCGCGCGAGCGGCCCGGCUUGAGGCGGAGAGCGUGUCCGCCGCCUCCGUCGUUGUCAUCAUCAUCGUCAUCAUCGUCGUCGUCGUCGUCAUCGUCGUCUUCGUCAUCCUCCCUGUCACUCCUCGCUUCUUUGACCUCUGGAGCAAAAAGGUGACUCGGCGAUGUGGCAGGUGCCGACACGAGAUAGGCGCGGCCAUGGCGACCGGUGAACCCCUUGGAGACGACCUGGGCCGCAAAGGCGAGGUCGGCGGAGCAGCGGCGGCAGCGUAG